AGCUAAUGCUUUUUGGACUUGUGUCAUUGGUAAUGGGUCAUUGGAUCAAUCAAGCGAAAGCAUUGUUACAUAAUUUUCCCACUUGUUGGCUGCAGCGGGGAAUGGUAACAACUGAUCUUCUGUUGUCUGGAGCUUCUACAAAGCAGGCCAAGUUUUUCAUUAAUGUUUUGGUAGAACCGGCAGAAGUGAUCUGUCCCUGCCAAUGGAUUGAGCAAGCCCACUUACAUUCGAUUCCUUACUGGCUUGAAGGCAUACUCUCAGAUAUUCUCAAGAUUUGCUUUUGGUGCUAGCAGGAAUCUAUAUCUGCUUGAAGAUUGAUGAGGAUCAGAGGCUUUGCCAAACCAACAGACUGUUGAUUACCUGAGCUUCAAGCUCGUCAUUGUUGGUGAUGUUAGAACUGGGAAAACAACUAUUGUAAAGAGGCAUCUCACUGGUGCAUUUGAGAAGAAGUACAAACCAACCAUUGGUGUCGAAGUUCACUCUUUGGACUUCUUCAUAAACUGUGGGAAAAUCCGAUUUUAUUGCUGGGAUGCGGGGCAAGAGAAAUUUGGUGGUCUUAGAGAUGGUUACUAGCAAGUGCUUGCACGUGAGUAGUUACUAUUUCCAAAUCUAGACAGCUGCUGCUUAUGGAUAUGUGCAUGAGUCUUUUUUCAAGAUUCAUUUAACCAGGAGAAUUCAACAUGAUGUUGUUGGAACCAAUUGCUUGAUGAUCAAUGCAUCAUUGAUUUGUCUUUUGCUUGGAAUGCACAUAGAAGCUCCAAGUCAAGGUGUUGUUGGCUGGUGUAGAGAGGGUCUUGUUUAUAAAAAGAAUGAGGUAAUUUCAUUUUUCUCUCCAAUCUCCUUUCUGGUGAAUGUGGCCACCUCGCUGGGUUAUAAUGCUUAUGUCUCUUUACAAGUCUUUCUGGAUAUUGCGGAAAGUGUCAAUCUUCUUAUGUCGUCAAAAGGUAGUGUUUUGCGUUGUGAUGUGACUGGGAAAAUUCUGAUGAAGUGCUUUCUUUCUGGAAUGCUUGAUUUGAAGUUGGGUUUAAAUGAUAAAAUUGGCCUUGAGAAAGAGUUGCAAAUUAAAUUACGUCCUACUAAGAGUGGGAAAACUAUAGAGCUCGAUGAUGUUACUUUCCAUAAAUGUGUAAAUCUGACAAGGUUUAACUCAAAAAAGACUGUCAGUUUUGUGCCACCAGAUAGUGAAUUCGAAUUGAUGAAUUGGAUGCAAAAUGGCAACAUGGACAGAAAAGUUGUUGAAGGCUUUGCCGUUGAUUGGUGUUCUAUUCCUCCAGAUAAUCAAUGUGGGGAAUACGAUCAUCACCAAGGCGCUUUAUCGCAUGGCAUGCAUUUCUCGGUGCUAUCAUGUUUUAGAAACAUAAUAGCAUCAAUUGCCUUGUUACCCAUUGUCUUCAUACAUAGACAUUCAUUGCCCAACAUGACGAUGGGGGUAUUCCUACAGAUUUUAGCUCUAGGAGUUCUCGAGCCAAGUCUAGAUCAUAAUUUGAUGUAUGUUGGAUCCAAACAAACACCAGCUAGUUUCUUGUCUUGUAUGGCUGGUGUCCGUCCUGCAUUGACCUUCAUUGCUGCUUGGAUUUUUAGAUUAGAGAUAGUCAGAUUUAAUCAAAGGCGGAGCCAGGCAAAAUUGUUAGGUACUAUAAUUAUGGCAGGAGGCGCCAUAAUUAUAGGACUUUAUAGUGGCCCUACUAUAUCUUCAUCAUUCCACUCGGAUAUUUGUGAACAAGAUUCUGGGAUUAAAGAGGACUAUAUCGAGGGCUCUACCUAUGUCUUCAUUUCAGUGGUCUCAUUUAUCCUCUACAUCAUUUUAUCAGGCAAAGUUGUUAUGAAAUACCCUGCACCUCUUGCCCUUACGGCAUACGUCUGCUUGACCAGAGCCAUUAUUGACACUGGGGUUGCAUUGGCUUUGGAAGUAAGACAUAAAGCUUCAUGGAACAUUGGGGCCUUGUUGUAUCUGCUUUGGCUACAUAUGUUCAGAAUAUAUUUGAUAAAGAGCAAGGGUUCGGUAUUUGUCACUGCCUUCAGCCCCUUGUCAAUGAUUCUGGGGAUAUUAUUUGAAUUCAUAAUACUAGGAGAAAGUGUGCAUUUAGGAAGUGUGAUAGGAGCGAUUCCGAUUAUAGGCGGAUUGUUCGCUUUAUUAUGGGGCAAAAGUGGGAUAGAAGAAGCACAUGUUUCUUAGCUUCUUCAGAAUUGUGCAUCAUCUUCUGCAAUUUUGUUAUGGAUAGGCCAAUUUUAUUGAUGAAGGCUUAGCCAAGUUGUACGCGCACAAUUUUAACAACUUUAUAUAGAAUUGGCCUUGUAAUAAUCUUCUUAGUCUUUAUAGUCAUUGUAAAUGUAUAAUUCAAUGAAAACUCAAAUAUUUCCCACCUAGUUCGUUGCCCUGAUGAGGCCUCAAACAUUUGUCCUUGCAUGUUGUGGCUAACAGUUUAUGAACACUACUUUAAAUUUUAAUUUUUGCUA